UCCCGCGCCGCCCGCCCGCCGUUGUAUGGUCCAGGCCUCAAUGAGGAGCCCAAACAUGGAGCCGUUCAAACAGCAGAGAGUGGAAGACUUUUACGAAAUCGGAGAGGAGCUGGGGAGUGGCCAGUUUGCCAUUGUGAAGAAGUGCCAGGAGAAGAGCACGGGGCUGGAGUAUGCCGCCAAAUUCAUCAAGAAGCGACAGAGCCGGGCCAGCCGGCGGGGCGUGUGCCGAGAGGAGAUUGAGAGGGAGGUGAGCAUCCUGAGGCAGGUGCUGCACCCCAACAUCAUCACGCUGCAUGACGUCUAUGAGAAUCGCACCGACGUGGUGCUCAUCCUGGAGCUAGUCUCUGGAGGAGAGCUGUUUGAUUUCCUGGCCCAGAAGGAAUCGCUGAGUGAGGAGGAGGCUACCAGCUUCAUUAAGCAGAUCCUGGAUGGGGUGAACUACCUCCACACAAAGAAAAUUGCUCACUUUGAUCUGAAGCCAGAAAAUAUUAUGUUGUUAGACAAGAAUAUUCCCAUUCCACACAUCAAGCUGAUUGACUUUGGCCUGGCUCACGAAAUAGAAGAUGGAGUUGAAUUUAAGAACAUUUUUGGGACGCCGGAAUUUGUUGCUCCAGAGAUCGUGAACUACGAGCCCUUGGGACUGGAGGCAGACAUGUGGAGCAUUGGGGUCAUUACCUACAUCCUCCUAAGUGGAGCCUCCCCUUUCCUGGGAGACACGAAGCAGGAAACACUGGCAAAUAUCACAGCAGUGAGUUACGACUUUGAUGAGGAAUUCUUCAGCCAGACUAGCGAGCUGGCCAAGGACUUCAUUCGGAAGCUUCUGGUGAAAGAGACCCGGAAACGGCUCACCAUCCAAGAGGCUCUAAGACACCCCUGGAUCACGCCGGUGGACACUCAGCAAGCCAUGGUGCGAAGGGAGUCUGUGGUCAACCUGGAGAAUUUUAAGAAGCAAUAUGUCCGCAGGAGGUGGAAGCUCUCCUUUAGCAUUGUCUCCUUGUGCAACCAUCUGACACGCUCCCUGAUGAAGAAGGUGCACCUGAGGCCAGCUGCGGACCUGAGAAAUUGCGAGAGUGACUCGGAGGAGGACAUCGCCAGGAGGAAAGCUCUCCACCCGCGGAGGAGGAGCAGUACAUCCUAAAUGGCUCAGCCCACAGUGGCUGCCAGGGAGGUCCAGGCCCAGUGGAGCUCCUUUCUGUCCAAGCUCGUGGACCAUGCUCAUCAUUAGCAUUCAGGAGUUCUGCAUUCCUGAGCACUUUGUAAGAGAGAGGGGGGGGGAGAGAGGAAGAGAGAGGGAGAGGGGCCCACGGAAUUCAGAAGACUUUGCAGGGAGCCUGGAGACCUGCCAGCAUUCCCAAACCUCUCAGUCCUCCAUCUAAACUGGCUUUGGUCUAUCUGCCAACCCCAGGACCUGGGGGAGGGGCAUGGACUUGAUGUAAGGGACAUCAUCUUCAUUAUGGGGCAAAGGCCACACUUGGGCAGCAUAGCUUACAGGAUGAGGGAGUUCAGAAGCAGCCUGGUCAACGAUCAACAUCCAGAAGACAGAAGCUGCCCCCCACGGGAACAGGAGGACCGGCUGAAGAGAAUCUUGGAGCAUAAGGGACCAAUCCUAUGUCCUCCCAGAAAGCCACAUGGAAUCUAGACGUCCACAUCAGACCUGCUAAUGAAGUCCAGUGCGAUCCCACUGUGUUCUGAUUUUGCUCAUUUUUAUUAAACUUCUUUGUUUAUCUAA